CCUCACAAUUACCAUAAUGGAAGAGGAAUCAAUAGUCGAGCGUCUUGAGAAAGAAAUCAAUAUAACUCACCCCCAGUCACUGGAGAUUCAAUUAAAAUUAUAUGACAUCUUCAUCCCAAUUUUGUGUUCCGUAAUCAUUCUUGUGAAUCUCCUGAUUGUCCUUUCGAGUGGACUUAUCCUUCACAAAAGACAACAACCUCGAAGUACUUAUAUUUUUCUGGGAAAUGUAGCCCUUUCGGAUUUACUAAUUGGCAUAACUACCCUCGCUGUCCAAUACUACCCCAAUGAGUGGCGCAACGAAAUGGUUUGCUGUGUGAGCAUAGGUAUGACUGUUUGUUCAACUUUGGUGUCUGGUUAUAGCAUUGGACUCAUAGCAAUUGACCGUUAUUUGUACAUUUUAAACGGACUCCACUAUCAGAGGUUGAUUUCGUCCCAGAGGGCUCGUGGUAUGGUCCUGGCAGUAUGGAUUUUUGCCGGUGUUGUUAGUUUCUUGCCAGCAUUUGGACUGCGAAACCCUACGGAUGAUGGGAAACUAUGUUGGUUUAUUGUCCUGGUUCCACCUAAGCUUGUUCUUUUCACAACUUCAGUUGGGAUGGUGCCGUUGGGACUGAUUAUAGUUCUGUAUAGCAUUAUUUUGAAGCAUGCUCUUGUCAGAAUAUCGUUUCUUCAUCGAGCCUCAUCGGGAGAUCCGGGAACACAUGUUGGAGGUUUAAGAUUGUUUCGAGGCGGUUUAUCGCCUUCAAAAACGUCAGUUGCAUCGUUAGAUGCUCUAAAUGUCAUUCGGUUACAGGAGGAUUUGGAACUUCAAAGACAACGAGGAAGAUCCAUAUUUAGUUGUUGUCGAAGAAGAAACGAAUCAAAAAUCAAUCUUCAAGUUUACAGCGCCAACAAAUGGAAAGCCAUCAAAAUUGUUCUUCUCACAACUGGAGCCUUCUUUGUGACGUGGUUUCCAUUUUUUAUCGCAUCCAUGCUCCAUGCAAUGUGUGGUCCCAAUUCAGACCCUGACUAUUGCGACAGUCUUCGAGUGGCAAUAGCUAGUCCAUUGGCUAUCCUUGGAUUGUGUAAUAGUUUGUUGAAUCCGAUUAUUUAUGCUUGGUGGCAUAAUGGAUUUCGAGAAUCUGUCAAAAUAAUUAUCAAGGGACUUUUGUGUGAAAGAUUUCAAAUAUCAACUGACCCAAAAGCUGCUUCUAGACUAAGUUUAGCAAACAAGAGAGCUGAUUUAAUUGUUAAUAGCUCAGAUCAAGAACAAAGACUAAGUGAAGAAGCCUCGAAUAGUGUCAAUGGGAUGGAAAUUAAUCCAAUAAGAACUGAAAAUGAGAAUUUAAAAUUAAAAACCGUUGAAUUGUAGUAGAUUUAAGAAUUUUCAAAAAAUGUACUGGAAUAAAUAAAAAGCGCUCUCUAACGGAAAAAA